CAACCUACGUGACGUCGCUUCCUCUCUCCAACAUGGCGCAGGAGGCAGGUCGUUAAUGGACAUCUUCAGGGAUUUACCCCACCUUCUGUGUUUAUUUAUGUUGGCCUGACAUCGAGGUUCGUCAAGGAAUACAUUGAUCUAUUCGAGGCGGCUGCAGCCCCCCCGUCGGGACCAGGCACUCCUCGCGAACACCCUUCAUUCCGGUGCGACAUGUUUGAGGGCAAAAAGACGAAAAACAUGUUCCUGACGCGAGCGCUGGAGAAGAUCCUGGCCGACAAGGAGGUGAAGAAGGCGCAUCACUCGCAACUUCGCAAAGCCUGCGAGGUGGCACUGGAGGAAAUCAAAGAAGAAUCGGAAAAGUUGAGUCCCCCGAGUGGAGAUGGAAAAUCAGGCUCCAGCACUUUACCACCAGUCAAAUCCAAGACCAGCUUUAUCGAGGCUGACAAGUACUUCUUGCCUUUUGAACUGGCUUGUCAGUCCAAAUGUCCCCGUAUAGUCAUCACCUCACUCGACUGUUUACAGAAACUGAUUGCAUACGGCCACCUAACGGGCAGCGCCCCCGACAGCACGGCCCCAGGCAAGAAACUCAUUGACAGGAUCAUUGAGACAAUCUGUGCGUGUUUCCAAGGACCGCAGACUGAUGAAGGAGUCCAACUACAGAUUAUUAAGGCUUUGUUGACAGCAGUCACCUCCCAACACAUAGAAAUCCACGAGGGGACUGUUCUGCAAGCUGUCCGUACCUGCUACAACAUCUACUUGGCGAGCAAAAACCUCAUCAAUCAAACCACAGCCAAGGCCACGCUCACACAGAUGCUCAACGUCAUAUUCGCCCGCAUGGAGAACCAAGCACUUACAAAUCACAAGCUAUCUUGGUCUCUGGCCUCCAGAAAGCGUGAUCGCCAGUUGCAGGAAGCAAAACAGUUGGAAAGGGAAAGGCAUCGACAGCACUCUCCAGUCACCCAACAGACUGAGCCAGACUCCCCUCAGUUACAAACUCCCAACCAUCCAUCCGCCAAGGUACCGACGCAAGAGGCCAACGGGCCCUUGACCCCAACAACGCCGACCAUUACCAUUCCAUCGCAGCCGUCCACGCCAUCAACAGCGGCACCUGAAGAUGGCAGCAGAAAGCCUCUGUCUGUGGAGCAGGGGGCUCAGCAACCGGUCUAUGAGAACCCAGAUCCAGAAAACGGGUCUAUAUUCUGUGUAGCAGAGAAUGAGCAGACUGAGGCCGACCAAGCCACAGCCGCUGCGCAAACACAGCAGCAUCCAGCUGCAUGUGAGGAGGAAGCAGUAGAUCAAAGUGCCCCAAAUUAUGAAGAGAAGGCGGAGGAAAUUGUCCAAAAUAUCCUGCAGGAGGUGGUCAAUACUGUUGCUGGAGGACAUUGCCUGGACCCGGCAACCCUGUGCUCCGACUCAAAGGAGUCGGCUGUUGAGAAUGAGUCGGCAGAGACUGAGCCAGCUGAAGUGGUGACAGAGGGCACCCAGAGCUCAAUGGAAGACGAUGGUACGGGCAUGGGUAGUGACAGUGAGCACGUCCAUGCCAACGGCAUUCCUGGCACGCCAAUCUCUGCCAGCUUCACCCCUUCACUGCCUGAUGACCGAAUGUCCAUCUCAUCCAGCGACACUCAGGAGUCUGGAGCAGCUUCAGGGCAGCCACCUGGUGCAAAAUUCUCUCACAUCCUCCAGAAAGACGCCUUCCUGGUGUUCCGCUCUCUCUGCAAAUUGUCAAUGAAGCCACUGUCUGACGGACCUCCUGAUCCAAAGUCCCACGAGUUGAGGUCGAAAGUCUUGUCCCUGCAGCUGUUGUUGUCCAUCCUUCAAAACGCCGGGCCCAUCUUCAAAACCAAUGAGAUGUUCAUCAAUGCAAUCAAGCAGUACCUCUGUGUAGCGCUGUCUAAGAACGGCGUCUCCUCUGUGCCUGAGGUCUUCGAGCUCUCGCUUUCCAUUUUCCUCACACUGCUGUCCCACUUUAAAACACACCUUAAGAUGCAAAUCGAGGUUUUCUUUAAGGAGAUUUUCCUGUAUAUUCUUGAAACGUCCACAAGUUCAUAUGACCACAAGUGGAUGGUCAUCCAAACCCUCACUAGAAUAUGUGCAGAUGCCCAGAGUGUGGUGGACAUCUACGUGAACUACGAUUGUGACUUGAAUGCUGCUAACAUAUUUGAACGAUUGGUCAAUGACCUCUCGAAGAUUGCACAAGGUCGUGCAGGGCAUGAACUCGGCACAACUCCUGUACAGGAGCUAACCCUGAGGAAGAAGGGUCUUGAAUGUUUAGUGUCCAUCCUCAAAUGUAUGGUGGAAUGGAGUAAGGACCAGUAUGUCAACCCCAACUCACAGACCAGCCUUGGUCAGGAAAAGCCAUCAGAGCAGGAGACCACAGAAACCAGAGCUCCAGAAACCAUCAACCGCUAUGGCAGCAUAAACUCUCUAGACUCCACGGCUUCAUCCGGCAUCGGCAGCUACAGCACUCAGAUGUCUGGUACUGACAAUCCUGAACAGUUUGAGGUCCUCAAGCAGCAGAAGGAGAUUAUAGAACAAGGCAUCGACCUGUUCAACAAGAAACCAAAGAGAGGAAUUCAAUACCUUCAAGAGCAGGGCAUGCUGGGUACCACCCCGGAGGAUUUGGCUCAGUUCCUGCACCAAGAGGAGAGGCUUGACUCGACUCAAGUGGGAGAAUUUCUCGGCGACAACGACCGUUUUAACAAAGAGGUGAUGUACGCCUACGUGGAUCAGAUGGACUUUCAGGGCAAAGACUUUGUUUCUGCUCUGAGGAUGUUCUUGGAGGGCUUCCGGCUUCCUGGCGAGGCCCAGAAGAUUGAUCGACUCAUGGAGAAGUUCGCUGCUAGAUAUCUGGAAUGCAAUCAAGGGCAAACACUCUUCGCCAGCGCAGACACGGCCUAUGUCCUUGCCUACUCGAUCAUCAUGUUGACAACAGACCUUCAUAGCCCACAGGUGAAGAAUAAAAUGACAAAAGAGCAAUACAUCAAGAUGAACCGUGGCAUAAAUGACAGCAAAGACCUACCCGAGGAAUAUCUGUCGGCUAUCUACGAUGAGAUUGCAGGGAAGAAAAUUGCAAUGAAGGAGACAAAGGAGCUCACCAUGAAGUCCAACAAGCAGAGUGUGGCGAGUGAGAAGCAGAGACGUCUGCUGUACAACGUUGAAAUGGAGCAGAUGGCCAAGACAGCCAAAGCUCUGAUGGAAGCAGUCAGCCACGUCCAAGCACCCUUCACCAGCGCAACGCAUCUGGAGCACGUCCGGCCCAUGUUCAAGCUCGCGUGGACGCCCUUCCUGGCGGCUUUCAGUGUGGGUCUCCAGGACUGUGAUGACACAGAGGUCGCUUCUCUGUGUCUCGAAGGAAUCCGCUGCGCGAUCAGGAUAGCAUGUAUCUUCUCCAUACAGCUGGAGAGAGACGCCUAUGUUCAAGCGUUAGCCCGGUUCACGCUGCUAACUGCCAGUUCAGGCAUCUCAGAAAUGAAGCAGAAAAACAUUGAUACCAUCAAGACCCUCAUCACAGUGGCCCACACCGAUGGAAACUACCUUGGAAACUCCUGGCAUGAGAUCAUGAAGUGCAUCAGUCAGCUGGAGCUGGCUCAGCUGAUUGGAACCGGGGUGAAGGCUCGCUACAUCUCAGGGACAGUGCGAGGGAAAGAGGGCUUCAUUGCCAGCACCAAGGAGCAGAGCAACGACGAGUACUUGGGUCUAGUCGGCGGGACUGUGGAUAGAAAGCAGAUCGCCAGUAUCCAAGAGUCAAUUGGAGAGACCAGCUCACAGAGCGUUGUCGUGGCUGUAGACAGGAUUUUCACAGGAUCCACCAGGCUGGACGGAAAUGCGAUAGUGGACUUUGUUCACUGGCUGUGUGCAGUGUCCAUGGAUGAGCUGGCCUCGCCGACGCACCCACGCAUGUUCAGCUUGCAGAAAAUAGUCGAGAUCUCAUACUACAACAUGGGCCGCAUCAGGCUUCAGUGGUCCAGGAUCUGGGAGGUUAUCGGAGACCACUUUAACAAGGUGGGCUGUAAUACCAAUGAAGAUGUGGCCAUUUUUGCCGUGGAUUCUCUCAGGCAGCUGUCCAUGAAGUUUUUGGAAAAGGGGGAGCUGGCCAAUUUUCGAUUUCAGAAAGACUUUUUGAGGCCAUUCGAGCACAUCAUGAAGAAAAACAGGUCUCCCACCAUCAGGGACAUGGUGGUCCGCUGCAUUGCCCAGAUGGUGAACUCGCAAGCUGCCAACAUCCGCUCAGGCUGGAAAAACAUCUUCUCUGUCUUCCAUCUGGCAGCGUCAGACCAGGACGAGAGCAUCGUAGAACUAGCCUUCCAAACAACUGGCCAUAUCGUCACAAACGUAUUUGAAAAGCACUUCGCCGCCACCAUCGACUCCUUCCAGGACGCUGUCAAGUGUCUGUCAGAGUUCGCCUGUAACGCCUCCUUUCCUGACACCAGCAUGGAAGCCAUCCGUCUCAUCAGACACUGCGCUAAAUACGUCUCAGAAAGGCCACAGGCCUUCAAAGACUACACCAGUGAUGACAUGAAUGUAGCACCAGAGGACCGUGUGUGGGUGCGCGGCUGGUUCCCCAUCCUCUUUGAGCUCUCCUGCAUCAUCAACAGAUGUAAACUGGAUGUCAGGACGCGGGGUUUGACUGUGAUGUUCGAAGUGAUGAAGACUUAUGGGCACACGUUUGAAAAGCACUGGUGGCAAGACCUGUUUCGAAUUGUCUUCAGGAUCUUCGACAACAUGAAGCUGCCUGAACAACAAACAGAGAAAGCAGAGUGGAUGACCACCACCUGUAAUCAUGCACUUUAUGCCAUCUGUGACGUCUUCACUCAAUAUUUCGAGUCGCUGAAUGAUGUGCUGCUGGACGAUAUUCUGGCUCAACUCUACUGGUGUGUGCAGCAAGAUAAUGAGCAACUGGCUCGUUCAGGCACCAACUGCCUUGAGAACGUCGUGAUCCUGAACGGAGAGAAGUUCACCCCGGAGACCUGGGACAAGACGUGCAACUGCAUGCUGGACAUCUUCAAGACCACCAUCCCGCAUGCGCUGUUGACGUGGAGGCCGGAGGGGGAUCAUGUGAUGAACCUCUCAGACAAGCAGCUGGACUCCAUCUCCCAAAAAUCCCUCGACAUCCAAUCUCGCUCCGAUGACCAGCACUCGCUCUCAAGCAUGGAGAGGGUUUCCCUGGAGACACGUCGGCAGAGUCAGAUCAGUCCAGCAGCCGGCACAGCCGAAGAUGGCUCCAGGAGCAGGAACCAGACAAAAGUCCAGGAGCAACGCUUGUUCACGGCUCUUCUUAUUAAGUGCGUGGUACAGCUGGAGCUGAUCCAGACCAUCGACAACAUCGUCUUCUUUCCUGCCACCAGUAAAAAGGAAGAUGCUGAGAACUUCGCAGCUGCUCAGCGGGAUGCCGUUCACACGGCAGAUGUCCCAGUGGAGACCCCAGACCAGGGCAUGUACCACUACCUGACCUCGGAGCAGCUCUUCAAACUGCUGGACUGUCUGCUGGAGUCGCAUCACUUCGCCAAGGCCUUCAACUCCAACAAUGAUCAGAGGACUCUGCUGUGGAAAGCAGGUUUUAAAGGGAAGUCGAAACCAAACCUGCUGAAGCAGGAGACCAGCAGCCUGGCAUGCGGCAUGCGCAUCCUGUUUCGUAUGUACACAGACGAGAGCCGGCAGGACGCCUGGGAGGAGGUCCAGAGACGACUGCUCAAUGUGUGCAGCGAGGCGCUGUCAUAUUUCCUGGCCUUGACUUCAGAGAGCCAUCGAGAAGCCUGGACCAACCUGCUGCUCCUCUUCCUCACCAAGGUUCUGAAGAUCAGUGAUGAAAGGUUCAAGGCUCAUGCGUCCCGGUACUACCCCCUGCUGUGCGAGAUCAUGCAAUUCGACCUGAUCCCCGAGCUGAGAGCCGUCCUCAGAAGGUUCUACCUGCGCAUCGGCGUGGUGUUCCACAUCGCACAGCUGCCUGAGCCCCAUCCGGUGCCCUCAGACCAGGAGCCCAACACGGAGGUGGCAGAGGAGGCCCAGUGACGCGCGCCGAUGCCGACGCAUCCUUCCAAGUGUGAGGUGGAUGUCGCGACUCUGGGUGAAUACUCACUUGAACUGCGUCCAGAACCGCUUCAGCAUGCACACACAUCGACGAAAAAAAAAAAAAGGAAAAAAAAAGACUUCAUAUCAACGGUGUAGCGACUCCUCCACUGGAUCAAACUACUGACUCAGACUGAAUCAUCUCUGCUUUGCUCAGAAGGAAUAUAUCUCAAAAGCUUCUCACUGUACAUGACUCCAAUAUCCUCUUCACUGCAGACUAAAACUGAUGCGUCUGCUUGAAAGAGCUCUGUGAUAUAAUAACAAUAUAACACUAUAUUGCUUUAUUUUUAUGAUUUUCCUGGAGGACUUGCUGCACUUGAUAUCUCUCGUCCUUUGAUUGCACUGGAGAUUUUACUUUUCUGAUAAUUUAUUUGAGCGUAUCAUCUCUUGCUGACUGUUGUGUACGGUGUGAUCGGCUGUACGGAAAAGUGAAGGGUUAAAUUAUUCCAUUUUAUAUGUUCUUAGGUUUUUAACAGACUCGUGUUAACCGUCACCAGAGGAGCCGAGAGCGAAGCCACGAUGCUUCUCAGUCACUUGUCCGAUCACAACUUUGGGUUUAGUUUUGUGUGUACAAAUAAGAAGUGGAUAAUAUAUUUAAUUUUUUUUUCUUCUUCAGUUUGGGGAGAGUUCUAUGUAUAGAGGCGGGGAAGUGUUAGCUGUGUUCUACGUAUGACUGGGAUGCACUCCUGCUCAUGGAUGUAGAAAACAAAAUGUAUAUGAAACAGAAAUGUAAAGUUUUCUAUGUUGAAAAAGAUUAUGUACAACUUUCUGUACGAUACGUCAUCUGGCAUUCUAAUCAGGUUCUAGGUCAUUAAAGUUUUUGAACUUGGUUGACUUGAAGAUGUGUCGUCGUGUUUGCCGCCAAUCCAGAGGGAACAAGCCUUUAUGGCUGCAAGGCUUUCACUAUAUUGCAAUGU